AUGUUGCAUCACCAUCAUCAUCAUAAUCAUCAUCAUCUGCCGGGAGUCAACCCGCCUGCACUCAAAACUGGUCGGAGCAGCUGACUGAGCGGCUCAGUCCUCACACAGCAUCAGCAGCAGCUCACCGAGCUACCUGCAGAACCAGGUGGGUCGGCCUGACUCAUCCUGCUAGGCUGGAUGUGUGCUGAUCCGGACCGGGUGAAAGUCAGUCCUGCUGGAGGAGAAACAUGCCCCUGCUGUUCAUGGACACCGGGUGUGAGCUGAGCAGCCCCUGCGGCUCCCUGUCAGCGGACGAGUGCAGCAGCAGCACCUCUGCUCUGGAGAGAGAAGGAGAGGGGAACCGGCCUCGACCCAGAGUGACAAAAAGGCGAGAAAAGAACCGAGACGCGGCGAGGAAAAGCCGGCGUAAACAAACGGAGAGAGCUGAUGAGCUGCACGAGGAGCUGCAGAGUCUUGAGCAAUCAAGUUCAGCUCUGCAGAAGGAAAUUGCAAAGCUGAAGAAAGAACUUCGCCUCUAUGAGACGGCGCUUGAACGCCACAAACCUCACUGCCGCCUAAAGGACGCCGCUUCGUCCCCAGCAGAUCUCAAAACCAGCUCCGGUCCUCUGCAGGACUCGUCCUCCUUAAGCACCUUAAGCGUGGGUUUAAAAGCCUUCAGUGACCCUGAAAAGACUCGCCUCCCGUCUUCAUCUUCCUCUCCAGCAGCAGCAGCAGCAGCAGCAGCAGCCUCGUCGGCUAAACUCCUCGUUACCUCGUCCUCAUCCACGUCUUCCUAUUCUGCCUCUUUCUUCACACAUCCAGCUCUUCAUUCUUUGUUUUGUGAACCGCCUCCCAGCUUCGUUCCCUCCACAGCAGCUCAGCUACUGACCAACAACGCUAACACAACCGCCUCAGCAUCUCAAAGCAGUUCCUUUACAGACGAUUCAUUUUUAAGAACCCUCAGUUCUUCCUUUGCAGCUCCACCGGCAGUGCUUUCCUCCUCAGAGGUCCAAAACACAGCUUUACCGAAACCAAGCAGUCCCAGGAAUCUGCCUCAGUUUCCUCCCUGCAGGUUCAGUGGAAGCAAUGCUGCGACCUUAGUGACCUCUCCUCCUGCUGCUCCUCUAGCCUCCAUCGAAGGUUACGAUCAACAUGUUUCUCCGGCUCCCGAGUCUCUGCUGUCCCUGCUCACCGUGCCCAGCCCUCUGAAUCACUGUCAGACCAGCUGUCCUGCACCAGCACCGGCCGCCUCUAAAGACAUGUCUCUCUCUGAGCUGCUGGAGGUCAACGAGUGGAUCCUGAGUGGCUUCGCGGCAGCGGACUGAACUGAUGGCCCCUGAAAUCUGCCGCUUACGCCAGGACUCAAACUCUGCAACAUCAACUGAACUGAGUCACUCUGUUUCUAAGAACUACAGAUAAAUCGGUCCUGGUCGUCAGCUGUUUCUUAGUUUAAAAAGAAACUGCUGGUUCUGUAACCUUUUGAGUCCAAGCCGGCAGAGGCUGCACUUCAUGGAAAUGUAAUCUGUAGUACUAUUUGCGUCAGAAGCUCCCAAACUGAACCAGGCAGCUGUGGCUGCAUAUUUUGUCAACUUGUUUUUGUAUCCGUGGGAUUUGUCUUCUCUGUCUGCUGCUUUCUUAUUUCUACACUGCAAAAUCCAGUUCCUCAAACACUACAGUGUGUUUUAUUUCUGCAGUGCGAUCUGAACUAAUCUGGUUUCAGUCGUUUUGUCUGUGCUGCUGUGGGCUGAAGCAGGUACCAGAUGUAAAUGUGGCGGUGCAGAAACCUUCAGGCUGGUCUGACUCAUGACUCGCUGCAGCAGCCGACACACGCGGGGCGCCGCGCUGAGCUGACAUGCAACACCGAACACGCAGCAAUCCCACCAGGACGUUUGUUUAAUCAUGUCUCAGGUCAUAAAACACGUUUUGCAUCAACAUGUUUUUCCAAAUUUUGCAUAAGUAUGAGAUUAACUGCCAGUCGCCAGCAUACAUAACAAAUAUUUAUUAUUUUCUGAAUAUUUAUCUUUUUGAAUGCCAGUUUUGGCCACAAAAAGUGGAUUUUAUCACCGGGUUUUUCUGAGGAGGCAAUAAUAAUAAUAAUAGUAACUUUAGAACAUCAGCAAAAGUUUUAUGUUUUAGAAAGUAGAAAACAGAGUAAACGGCUCCACCUGUGGGCCAAGGACACAAAGUGUGACCUUUUAAAGAGAAACCAACAUUUAUCAGCUUCAGUCCUCAAAUAUCAAAUAAUAUUCUGAUUUAUAACCUCUUGAAUGUCUGUUUUAGCAGUUCAACUAGAUUUUUUUUAAACACAAAGGUUUUUCUUUCCUCUCUUAAAUAUUCAAAUUGAAUUUUGAGAGGUUUGGUAGUUUCAGGUAAUUAAAAAAACUAUGUAAAUAAAUUGCUUAAUCUGGACACAAAAAUGCUCUGUUGCACACUGCAGGAGAAAUAAUUUAUAUAACUUGUAUUCUCCAUUUUCUUUUAUUAAUGAUCUUGGUGUCAGCUCCCUUCAAACGUAGCGGAAAUGAUCAUGAUUCUGAUCUAUUUUUACUUUGGAAACUAAUUAUAAAGUCAUCAGAAAGUUGAUUUUCCCAUCCAUUAUUACACAUAAAAACAAAUGUACCUUGUGGAAAAUAAUAAAACAUAAAAAUCUGAAGGGAUUUCAACAUGAGGGAAUAAAAGAAGCAACACAGAUUGUUCAGUUUAGCUCAAAAAAGCUCUUGAAGGAGAAACGUCUCUAAAAAAAAUUACAUUUCUACACAUUUUAUGCAUUUUUUUUUGCAUCAACUCAACCAAAGUCAAACAGGUUAUGAAUUUAAUGUUAGAUCUUCUGAGGAUUGGAGAGGAAAACAUUCAUACUCUAGAUAAAACAGCCAUGUUGGAGGAAUGUUAUUUUUCCAUUUAUGCUCUUCUGAUUUAUAUGUCAUUAAUUUUAUUUUAAAGAUUGUCUUACAAACCAGAAGUUGCCAAAAAAUGCUGAAUGAGUUUAGUUUGGGUGAAUGAGAGGGUUUUUAGGGACCAUUUAGUAAUUUAACGAUUAUCAUGCUUUGGAUAAAAAUGCUGCAUUAACUUUGUUUUUCACUUAAUUUCAACUUUUAAUUUACUUUUUCUUACAUCUAGGAAAAGGCCAGUGCUUUUAUUUAAAUGACGAUUUAGAUUUCUCUAAUGAUUCAUGUUGAUUUUGUCUGUAAUUAAACAUAAAAUAUAGAGUUUAGGCAUAUAUAUAUAUAGAUGGAGAGAGGAAAUAUAUGAAUUUAUAGUAACAAUUUAGUGUGUUUUUAAGAUGUGUGUAUUUAUCAGAUGUAUUUAUGCUGUGGUAGUGUAUUUUUGUGUAAAA